UGAGCAGGAAAUUUAUGAAUCAUUUUGAACCGGAUUCCGCUUUUGGUACAAUCUUAGAAGUAACGUAAAAAAAAUGAACCUGAUAGUUUUUUAAAACUAAUUUCUAAACUACCUAAAAAAGCAGUAACUGUAUCUUUUUUUAACAACUUCUCACUCAUUCAUUAAUUUCCAUCUUUGGUCACACUACUAGCCCACAGGGACAAAUUCCAGCUCAGCAAAGGAUAUCGAAUUUCUUUCUAGUUAUUGGCGCAUAUAUACUUACUGACUUAUUCGUGCACUGUAUGUUUGUGCACUAGUGCUGAGUCAAGGCCAGGGGUUUUGCAGAUAAUUUUAAAUAAAAAGAACAGCUUUUUAACUAUUUUAAUAGUCUAGUUAUUUCCAUAGAUUAUAUAAGAUGGUGUACUCAACAACUCCUCCACCCCUGCUGGAAGAUCUGGGAGAAGAGGGUGUUCAGUAUCUUCCUCAACUCAAGCAAACAUUUAUACAGGGGUUUUCCGGCGAUGUAGUCGGUGGGUUGGUUGUUCUAGCAGAUGGAAGACGAGUUCAGGCUCUUGGUGGGGGAUUUCUAGUUCAUGGAAACUCAGAUCAACAAAUUAUUACAGGACACAAUUAUCCUGUGAAUUGUUUGGAAGUAUCCCCUAGUGGUCUCUACAUGGCUACCGGAGAGAAGGGUCAGCUUGGUUUACGGGCCAAAAUUAUACUUUGGGAUACAACCUCAUGGACACAGAUUGGUUUUCAUCAAAGUCAUCAUGGAUGCAUUGUUGCUAUUACAAUUAGUCCAUCAGAACAAACAAUGGCGUCCUUAGGAGGAGAGGACGAUCUCCUGCUUGUGGUUUGGAAUAUCGGAAACUGGAGUCCGAUAUGUAGCAGCAAAAUUGGAAAUGGAAGAUCCGGUCCAGGAAGAUGUUUAAAAUUCAUCCAUGAUGAAACCUUAAUCCUUGCAGGGAAGGACGUUAUCCAGAUCUGGACAAUUAAGAACAAACGGUUAAUAUCUACCCCCUGCAACAUUGGAAAAAUAAAAAGAACAUACCAGUGCAUUUCUUUGGUAACUUCCCAGGACACUGCCUACUUUGGAACUGAAUCAGGAGAUCUGGUCAAGAUUGCUCUGAACUCAGAAACCGGAAGAGAGCCAGCCAUAGUGUCUUUGUCUGUGCGUAAAGUUAAACUGAAAGCCCCCAUCAAUGCUGGAAGGUUUUCAGGAGGGAUCACAUGCCUAGCCAGCCUUCCUUUAGGAAACCUAUUGGUUGGUUGUGGUGGAGGAGAACUUGUCCUAGUCGAGGAGCAAAAACAGAAAGUUAACCAGGAGAAGAUGCUAACAUCCCAGGUUUCAGAGACAGCCCAGGAUAACCUGAUAGAGAAAAACAAAUUUAAAUUUUCAGCCAGCAUCACUAGUAUGCAAAUUGAUCCUCAUAAAACUAAGGUGUAUAUCGGUACUGCUAAGAAUGAGAUUCACAUGGUUAAUCUUCUCACAUUUUCCGUAUCCACCAUCAUGAUUUGUGCCACCAAACCCUUAUACUCGGCCACCUUCCCUGCAACUUCAGCUAAGGUGUUUUGUACAGGAGGGAAAGGAGGAGUUACACUAUGGACAGAAACUGGAAAAAUAAUAUUAUCUAUUCCUUCUUCAAGUCCAGAUGUGUUUGCUAGAAAGGUUCUUUUGUCUGAUGAUGGUAGGUUUGUUGUGAGUGGAUGGAGUGAUGGAAUUGUACGAUUUCAUACACCGGAAACUGGGAAACUGUUCCAUGAGGUCCGGGGUGCAAGCUCAGGAACUGAGGGAGUAACAGCCCUGGCUCUACGCCAUGAUAUUCUUCUUGUUGGUGGUAAUGAUGGUGGUGUUAAGCUCUGGCUUGUUGGGAGAUCCUCAGUUAAACUUCAUAAAUCUGUCAGGGAGCACAAAGGAAGAAUAAAUUAUCUUAGUAUUGCUGGAGACAGAACAAGCUUUAUAUCAUCAGGCCAGGAAGGAUCUGCUUUGGUUAUGAGUAUUCCAGAUAUGACUCGUGAACAGCUACUCAGAGGAACAGCUUCCUUAACUUCAGGAUUUCUACAUUGUAACAGGGUUCAUGGAUUUAUUGCUGGGUCUGAUUGUGAGCUGGGAUACUGGGAUCUAACAACAGGGCAGGAAAUAAGACACAUUAGAUCUAUCUCUAGUGGAACAGUGACCUGUGCUGAACUGUCUGAAGAUGGAACUAAUAUUGCGGUAGGGACUAAGGAGUCCAAUAUCAGGGUUAUUCGAUACAGUGAUGGUCGUGUCGUUGGUGUUGGUCCUGUUGGUUGUGGAGCAAUUUCUUCUCUUUCUUGGAGCCGUGAUGGACAACAUCUCCUUGCAACAACAGAAUAUGGAGCUCUUAUUAGAUGGAGUCUUCAGUAAUAGUAAAUUAUCUUUGUAUCGUUGAAGACAAUAGUCGGCCUCUGUAAGAGAGAGUAUACUGAAGUCAGAUGGGAAUCAUACGAAGCACUCUACUUUCAUCUAACUCGUGUGAUAUGUAAACAUUGAUUUGAUAUAGUUCCUCUACAAAGCCUGUUAAGCUAGACUCUAUACUUAAAGCUGUUAAGUUAUGAGUAAAUAUA